GUACCAACCGUGGGUGGGGGGUGGGGCGGGACAUUGUGGGGUGUCCUGACCGCUGCCAGAGGGGUGAUACAGACCCCCCCAGUUCCCCCGUCGGUUUCCCACUCCUCUGCACUGCCGUUGGGUCGUGGAUGCCUCACACCAUGCCAACUCACAAGACUCGUCAAUAGUCGUCUACUUCACCCAGCUGUUCGUGUCCGGGGGUCUCACCUUUACAGAGUUCGACUACUACGAGCCCGACUCCACCUUCCAGUUGGGCGGUCGAGUCAUACACACGGUGACAGAACAGAACGGACAACAGUCCAGUGGUUGAUGACCCCCAGACACUUCUGGUCAUCGACUUCUCUCUGGAACGGCUGGAAGGGAACCAUCUGCGAGUGCUGGAUGACCUGCUGGAAGU